AUGCUGGAGGAGUUCUCUGCAGACUGCUGGGUCAGACGAGAGAACCUGAUAGUGAGCCUCAGUGACAUAUUCAAUCAUAUACAUUUGCAUAUUUUGAAGAAAACACAAUUUUAGGGUUGGGUCUGAAAGAGGUGCUACAAAACCGUUGUUCAGUAGUGCAGCUGUAGAAACUACAAAGACUCCUUUAUCUUACAGAAUGCCACCGGAGGAGAGAAGUACUCUUUUGAUGUUUUCUGUGCUCUCUCCCACAUUAUCCACAUUUCCUAUGGAUCCAAUGAUCCGCCGACAGGUUGGUGUCAAAUAAUUUAUCCAUCUUGGAAUUUCCUGCAAGUUGUGCAGUAUUCCUCUGACUGACAUACUUAUUUUGUCUCUUGAUUAUAUAGAAAUCUAGUAUCUGCAGAAGUACUAAUUCCAGAUACAGUAGGGUUAUACUGAAUACUAUAUGCAUAGACCUAUGGACACCUUUUAUUAUUAGUUAGGUGCCAAUGGUUCUUAUCUGUUGAUAGUGGAUGUGGUGAGUUUCCUCAUACAAUGUAAAGCGCUUCGUGCACCAGGAGGACAAGCUCUACAUCAAUUCAAUCAAAUAUUACUUUUCCUAUCUGUAGACGAGGUGGAGCUGUGGAUCGUCAUGACCAGCAUGGUGUCUGGGGCUCUAAUGUACACUGUACUGGUGGCCAACGCUACUGCCAUGAUGACCAAUGUAGAUGCCCCUGCAAAGGCCUACAAGAACAAGGUGUUCACAGGAAAUAGUGUAAAACAAGGCUUGGACAGAACAAUGAUUAAUGGUUAUCGAGGGUUGUUGUCAUGUCCUGUCCUGUGGUAUUUCACAGGUGAAUCAUCUGGAAGACUACAUGUCCUACAGAAAGCUUCCCAAGACACUGCGGCUUAGCAUCACUGACUAA